UUAUAGUGAGGAGCUUAGCCGAUUUCAUUUGUUGAACUCGAAGCCCUCUCUUUCUUCGUCUCCAAGCCAUAAACUGUCCGUGCCUUCCAUCUUCAUAAAGCACCAAACCCCAUCGUAAGAUUCGUCGAGGUACGAAGCAUGAGUCGCGGCAGCGGAGGUGGAUACGAUCGUCACAUUACGAUCUUCUCUCCUGAAGGUCGUCUCUUCCAAGUUGAAUAUGCCUUUAAAGCUGUUAAAGCUUCAGGGAUCACCUCGAUUGGUGUCCGUGGAAAGGACUCAGUCUGUGUUGUAACCCAGAAGAAGGUCCCGGACAAGCUUUUGGAUCAGACCAGUGUUACACACCUUUUUCCCAUCACAAAGUACCUUGGGUUGUUGGCAACUGGCAUGACAGCUGAUGCGAGGACCUUGGUACAGCAAGCAAGAAAUGAAGCAGCUGAGUUUCGCUUCAGAUAUGGAUAUGAGAUGCCAGUGGAUGUAUUGUCUAGAUGGAUCGCUGACAAAUCUCAAGUCUAUACUCAACAUGCUUAUAUGAGACCUCUUGGAGUAGUUGCUAUGGUUUUGGGAAUUGAUGAAGAAUAUGGACCGCGGCUCUUUAAAUGUGACCCAGCUGGACAUUUUUUUGGUCACAAGGCAACAAGUGCUGGGCUAAAGGAGCAAGAAGCAAUUAAUUUCCUGGAGAAGAAAAUGAAGAAUGAUCCUGCAUUUUCCUAUGAGGAAACAGUACAGACAGCUAUUUCUGCUCUUCAAUCGGUUUUACAGGAGGACUUCAAGGCCAAUGAAAUUGAGGUUGGAGUUGUGAGGAAGGAUAAUCCCAUCUUCAAAGCAUUGUCCAUUGAAGAGAUAGAUGAGCACCUGACUGCCAUAAGCGAACGUGACUAGAAGUAUUUGAGCAAGCUACAGCUGAAUGGUGCUAAAAGUUGCAAGAUAAAAUUUAAUUUGAAACCCCUCACUUUCCAAUCAUAGAAGACGUUCUUAAUUCAUUUGGAUCGGGGGUAUUUGUGUUGUUGCCCUUAAAUAUUAUGCAUUUUCACCUUUCUACUCGCAGAUCUUUGAAAUAUCUAGUUGUAGAUGAUAAUACAUUAUGCCAGUGAGCUGGUGCUCGUCUUGAAUUUAGACAUCCAAAAAUGGCUUUAGUGGUCAAAUGAGGCUAUUUGUUUCAGCUAAAGCAUCCCUAGAACAAGGGGAAUGCCAAUUGUUGUGUUGGUGAAGACACUUGAACUA